CUGUCCGAGCAUGGCCUGCUGAAGGACUUCCUGAAGAAGCACAACCUCAACCCAGCCAGGAAGUACUUCCCCCAGGCGGAGGCGCCCACCCUGAUAGACGAACAGCCCCUGGAGAACUACCUGGAUGUGGAGUACUUCGGCACUAUCGGCAUCGGAACCCCUGCCCAGAAUUUCACCGUCGUCUUUGACACCGGCUCCUCCAACCUGUGGGUGCCCUCAGUCUACUGCUACAGUCUUGCCUGCAUGGACCACAACCUCUUCAACCCUCAGGAUUCCUCCACAUACCGGGCCACCAGCAAGACAGUCUCCAUCACCUACGGCACCGGCAGCAUGACAGGCAUCCUCGGAUACGACACCACCCAGGUUGGAGGCAUCUCGGACACCAAUCAGAUCUUCGGCUUGAGCGAGACCGAACCCGGCUUCUUCCUGUCUUACUACACUGGAAGUCUGAACUGGGUGCCUGUUUCUGUUGAGGGUUACUGGCAGAUCUCCGUGGACAGGAAGCUCCUCCUUGCACGUGCCUUGCAGCUGGACCAGGGCCCCCUGGAUGUUUAUCACCCAGCGCCUGUCACGGCUGAAUCGGCGUCUCAACUCCACUUUUAUUCUCCUUUUCUCCAGAGCCAGGGCAGCUGCACCAGCGGCUUCCAGGGCAUGGACGUCCCCACAGAAUCUGGAGAGCUUUGGAUCCUGGGUGAUGUCUUCAUCCGCCAGUACUUCACUGUCUUCGACAGGGCAAACAACCAGGUCGGCCUGGCUCCCGUGGCUUAAGCCCAAGUCUUUCCAGCCACCUCCCAGGAAGAUCUGACCUCCGUCCUCUGCCCACUUUAGAUGUAUCUAAUUCUCCUGACUGUCCUUCCCAGGGGAGUGCAGAGGUCUUGGCCCUGUUCCCUGUCUUACCAAUAAUGUAGAAUAAAAAUAUAACCUACUGAAACAGG